GGCAUGACGCCACUGUCCUGUCCUAACACACGCUUAUUAGAAAUUUCCGAGUCAUUGUUUUCAGAACUCAAAAAUCCCACAGACAAAGAGAGAAAUACAAGCCAGAUACUGCUAAAUCUCUCUCUUAUUUUCUCUGCGUGGUUUUUGUUUAUGAACGUUUAAUCAACAGCCUUAGUCUGCAUGCUUUUAUUACUAUAAAUAAAUAAUUGAGUAUUGGAAGAUUGUAAAGAGUAUUAAAUUUAUGGGUCACCACCAUAACACCAGCGAUGGCGUUUCACAGCGAGUUAACAGCCCGCGUUUCUCGGGUCCAAUGACUCGCCGAGCUCACUCAUUCAAGCGCAACAAUGGCAACUCCCAGACCACCACCAGUAACAACACUGUUGGUUCUUGUAACGGCAAUAACUUGAGCGUGCAUCAUGAGAUUGAUCUACCAUUAAACUCACCCAGAUCAGAGGUUGGAGCUGUGGGUUCGGUUUCAAUCGAGGGGUUGAGCCAAAGAAAAGGUUUGUUGAAGAGGCCAAGUGUUGGAUCUAUGGUUUUGGAUUUUGGGUUGAAAGAGAGGAAGAAGCUUGGGCAUUGGAUGUUCUUGGUUUUUUGUGGGGUUUGUUUAUUUUUAUGUGUUUUUAAGAUUUGUGCUACUGGUUGGUUUGGAUCUACUAUCGAAACCGUGACACCAAAUCAGGGUUUAUCUAAUCCCUCCAACAAUCGACUAAAGCUAAUGGAUCAAGGCUCUCACGAUUAUCGAUUCAGGGAGGGAGGAAGUGACUCUGAUCGAAUCUUAAUGACAGUGACAUCAGACGUAACAGAACAUUCAGGUAUUUGGUCAAAACCAAAUAGUGAGACUUUCACCCAGUGCAUUGACCAUUCAAAGAACAAGAAAAGCACGGACCAUUCAAAGAAUAAAAAAAAGCUAGAUGCAAAGACAAAUGGCUGCAUUCUUGUAAAUGCUAAUGGUGGUUUGAAUCAGAUGAGAUUUGGGAUCUGUGAUAUGGUUGCUGUUGCUAAGGUUAUGAAGGCAACACUUGUCCUUCCUUCACUUGAUCACACCUCAUAUUGGGCAGAUGAAAGUGGCUUUAAAGAUCUGUUUGACUGGCAGCACUUCAUCAAGACCUUGAAGGAUGAUGUCCACGUAGUUGAGACGAUACCACCCGAGUAUGCUGGAAUUGAACCUUUUAGCAAAACACCAAUAUCUUGGUCUAAGGUUAGCUAUUAUAAGGCAGAGGUCCUCCCAAUUUUGAAGCAGCAUAAAGUAAUCUAUUUUACUCACACAGAUUCUCGUCUUGCCAAUAAUGAUAUCCCAAGUUCCAUACAAAAGCUGAGGUGCCGAGUAAAUUAUAGGGCACUAAAAUAUUCGGCUCCAAUUGAAGAACUUGGAAACACGUUGAUUUCUAGAAUGCGCCAGAAUGACAGCCCUUAUCUUGCUCUGCAUUUGAGGCAUGAGAAGGAUAUGCUUGCAUUUACUGGCUGCAGUCAUAGCUUGACAGCAGAAGAAGAUGAUGAGCUACGUAGGAUGCGUUAUGAAGUCAGCCAUUGGAAGGAGAAAGAGAUUAAUGGAACAGAGAGAAGAUUGCUUGGUGGCUGUCCACUGACCCCUAGGGAGACUUCCCUCUUGCUCAGAGCAUUGGGUUUCCCACCAAGUACUCCGAUUUACUUGGUCGCUGGUGAAGCUUAUGGAAAUGGAAGUAUGGAUUCUCUUAAGGAGGAUUUUCCUAACAUCUUCUCUCAUUCCUCCCUCUCCACAGAUGAGGAGUUGCAUCCUUUCAAGAAUCAUAAGAACAUGUUGGCUGGUUUAGACUAUGUUGUUGCCCUUCAGAGUGAUGUAUUUGUUUAUACUUAUGAUGGAAAUAUGGCAAAGGCAGUUCAAGGACAUAGGCGAUUUGAGAACUUCAAGAAGACUAUCAGUCCAGACAGGAUGAAUUUUGUAAAACUUGUGGAUGAAUAUGAUGAGGGAAAUAUUUCUUGGAAGAAAUUCAGUUCCAAAGUGAAAAAGCUUCAUAAAGAUCGAGCCGGAGCUCCGUAUCUUAGAGAGCCUGGAGAAUUUCCAAAACUGGAGGAGAGUUUUUAUGCAAAUCCUCUUCCAGGAUGCAUCUGUGAAAGAAAAGAAGAAAUUUAGAAAGCUAAAACACAGCUUCUGCAAUUUUGUCUUAAAUCUUAAUGCUACAAAGUAAAAGCUCAGCUAAAAAGGAGGGUGUGCUGGCAUUGUUUCAGACAUACCAUUCCGGAAGGAUGGAAUCGUGUAAAUACCGUUCAAAAUCAUGACUCAACUCAUUGGUUGAAAAAUGCCUGCUUGAGGGUGAAAUUCCCUGGGUAGCAUGUAAACUAACACCUUAAUUCAUCAUCAAUGGCCACAGCAGAUAGGUCAGGCAUACUGUUCUCAAGAGAUACAGGUGAAAGAUAAAUAUUCAUUUGGUGGAGUGGAUAUCCUUUUUUGUCCACGGAACUAUCCUUCAGAAAGAAAAUUUUGUUUAUUUUUUUGUCUAUUUUCCUUCUAUUUUCAUAAAAAGAUUUUCUUUUAUUUUCUUUUUCUAAAAGAAUUGGUUUAGGUUGUGUCAAUGAGUUGGCUUUUUCCCAUGCCAAAGUUAGAGUUUGAAUAACUGAUGGAAAUAUCAGAAUUUGAUACUCAUUGAAUUGUAUUACAUCUGGACGUUAAUAAUACAAAAACAUGGUUUCAAUUAGUUUUGAAUUCAACAUAGUGAAUAAAUACCAAUGAUGGAUGGAUAUGCAGAAUGCACAUGUUUAUAUUUAUUUAUUGUACAGAACAAAGCAUGACCUUUUAAUUGGUGAAUAUUGGCAGCUCUUGCCCUCAAGGAUAUUCCCAUCAUGUCAAUUUCACUUCCCAAUUUGUAUGUCAAGUAACAAAUGCACAAUAGUCAUUUAAAUCUAUAUGGAAGUCAGUCAACCAAUGUGGCUAACUCCUGUUGGUGCCUCAUGGAAGCCUCAAAUAGCAACUAUCACUCAUUUUCAUAAAUAAUACUUACUUUAAAUGGGAUAAACCUUCUCUUGAUUACUGAUUAAUGAAAAUAACACCAAUGGACAAG